GGAUAAAAAGAUAUGUGCAAUAGUGCUUAACUACUUUUCAGCUAUUUCAGAAGCUAUAUAUCAAUACUAAUGACCGACAAUGACUACAGUUCUGCGCGGGAUAUUUUUUGUUAAGUUUUGGGAAACGCAGGGCCCCAAGAUUCGAGCUCAAUCGCCUGCUGGCUUCAUAUCCGAUGAGAUGUUCAACUCUUUUGAUUACAAAGAUAUCUUUCCAAAAGACGUUCUCUGCAGUCGUAUCAUCAAGUUCAUGUACAAUGACUUAGCAGUGGUCGGUUUCCCUAUUCUAAUAAGUGACCUCUCGAAGUAUGAGGCCGAAAGAGGGGUCAUCCGAUUCAAUACUUGCUUCGUAUUCAAUGCAGAGAGUGACACUACAUUAUACGAGUGUGUGAUCAAGAAGUUGGCUAUGAGCCUGGUUCGAAUGGAGCACGAGUCUAGUUUCAUAUCGAAGCUAGACGAACUUCAGAUGCAGUCAGUCAUCGAUCGAGUCUACUCUGGUCUCACUCGGGAUGGAUUUGUCCAUCUUGUACUUCCAGACUCAAGUUCAAUAGCCCUGAAGCCAGAAACCAAAAAUCCGCCCAGAGUUAAAAUUCUUCUAAGUCAAGUGCCCACUUUGUCAUGUCAUCCCCAAAAUCUAGUCCUCGGUCGAUGGGAUUUGAUAACUGUGAGGGUUCUGAAACUCAUCAAUGGUUCCAGAAGCGUCAAAAACAUAAUCGACAUUACAGAAGCUGAAGAGAAUUUGGUUUUAUCAUGUUUGCAAAACUUGCUUCAUCUGAAAGUAGUGGUGAUGCUUCCGCGUUUUCGUUAUUCUGAUCUCUAUAUAGUGACCUCGAAAUUCAAUGAGUUUAUGAAAGACGAGGAAUUUCAGAGAACGUGCAUUGAUUUUGUUAGUGUGAAUAGAGGAAGGAAUCUGACCAUAGAAACUGUUUCGAAGGUGUUCUCUUUAAUUUCCGAUAAUCUUCCGUUGAAGAAAAUUGCGCGUGAGCAUUGUGAUCUGCUGGACCUGAGACGUUUAGUGUUAUUUUCGGUGCAGAAAGGAAUCCUGAGAAAAUUGUUCAAGUACCCAUUUCUUGUUAGCACCAGCUCUUUUCUGGAAGAAAUCCAGAAGAAGGUAUCAGAAAUUUCGUCAUCUAGAGCCUACCGUGAAUCAAAUAAUUAUGAAAAUGUGACUAAGUGUGAUCCUCUGAGGGUGCCGAUCAUUAAAAGCUCCAGUAUCUCUACUAGCAACACUUCAGUUAGCCGACAACAACAGCCUCUGCUCCCUUCACCGAGCCCAAUGGCGGCAACAAGUUCAAAUACAUUGCCAAGAGUGCACCAGAAGAUGAAACUUCCACCCUCUGUGAUUGAGGAAGAGUCUUUGGCGUCCAUGAAAGAAAAUGGAAGAAAGGCGAUGCAGAAGGCGGAACUUGCGUUGGCUAAGUUGAAGACUAAGUACUUUGAUGGGUCACACCACACGGAAGAAUUGGCAUGUUUGUUUGACCAGAAUUUGGCUGAAUUUGAAGACAUGUUGGAAAGCUCGCCUGAUGUCAUUAUUUACAUGAAGUAGAAUAAUUAAGCUUCGUUCAUCUACUUCAUAUUAGAUGUUUAAUGUUUAUGUGAUGAUAAAAUAACGACUGAAGGGUAUCCAUAAUAUUUCGAUUAGCAAUCUCAUAAAUCAAGAUAAUCAUUUAGACAUGAAAAUAUUCUUGAACUCUCAAUUUUACGUGACAAUUUUUCAG